CCAUCCCUCCAUUCCCCUCUCUCGCUACCACUCUCUCUCCCUCACACACACACACAGACAUGCUUUCACACACACACAUACGCCAGAGCUGACUCUGCAGCAGAAAAACAGGCUGGCAGAAUUUCAUCCCGACUGUAGCGACAGAGAAGGACUCCAUCGGCUGUGAGAGAGAAGGACUGUCUUCAUGGAUGCUCGGUCGAGGAGUACCUGACCAGAGGCAAUGGGCUGUGUGUGUUAAUGUGUUAGGUCUGUGUGUGUGUGUGUGUGUGUGAGAGAGAAAGCACCCCAGCAGGAGAAGCAGCACUGCAGAUACUGACUGAGUCCGGGGCUCGGUUCAACACCUCCUCCUCCCCUCCCCCUUUGGAGCAUCGACGGAGAAACGAAGAUCCAUCGCUCUCAACCUCUGUGUGUGUGUCAUUGAAUGUGUGUGUUUGUGUAAGAGCUGCUGUGUCAUUCACUGCUCUGCCUGCGUAUCCGUGUCGUCGGCCCUCUCCCUGUCCCAGAAUGAUUCAUUCUGCGCCCCUGUGCUGAGGAGGCGUUGGGCAGUAUGGACCCUGCGCUGGCCGGGACCCCCCCCACGGAUCUAAGCUGCCCCCCUGGGACGGGCGCACACCGCACCCCUGCUGAUGGGCGAGGACACUGACACCACCCGAACACUGAACCACAGCUUCCUCCGAGACCACAACUAUGUGACUGAAGGGCUGCUCGUGGCUUUAGCCUGAAGAGCCCGCCCCGCCACCUCCUCCCCUCUCCCGGACUCCUCCCCCAGGAUGUUGAACCCCAUCCAGGUCCUGUGUUCCGACAUCACUUCCCUCUCUCUGGAGCCCGAGCCGUUUGCCUCUUACACUGAAGCUGAUAUCAUCUCCACUGUAGAGUUCAGCCACACUGGAGAGCUCCUGGCCACAGGGGACAAGGGGGGGCGUGUGGUCAUCUUCCAGAGGGAACCUGAGUGUAAGACAGAGCCGUACUCCCAGGGAGAGUAUAAUGUCUACAGCACGUUCCAGAGCCAUGAGCCGGAGUUUGACUACCUGAAGAGUCUGGAGAUAGAGGAGAAAAUCAACAAGAUACGAUGGCUGCCUCAGCAGAACGCCGCCCACUUCCUCCUCUCCACCAAUGAUAAGACCGUUAAGCUGUGGAAGGUGAGUGAGCGGGACAAGAGGCCUGAAGGCUACAACCUGAAGGAUGAGGAGGGCAGGAUGAAGGACCUCUCCACCGUCACCUCACUACAGGUGCCGGUGUUGAAGCCCAUGGAUCUGAUGGUGGAGGUGAGUCCUCGGCGUGUCUUUGCCAACGCCCACACCUACCACGUCAACUCCAUCUCCAUCAACUCCGACCACGAGACCUACAUGUCAGCUGACGACCUGAGGAUCAACCUCUGGCACCUGGGCAUCACCGACCGCAGCUUCAACAUCGUGGACAUCAAGCCAGUGAACAUGGAGGAUCUGACAGAGGUGAUAACAGCAGCAGAGUUCCACCCUCACCACUGUAACCUGUUGGUCUACAGCAGCAGUAAAGGAACUCUACGGCUCUGUGACAUGAGAGAGGCCGCACUGUGUGACAAACACUCCAAAUUGUUUGAGGAGCCGGAGGACCCUAGUAACCGCUCCUUCUUCUCGGAGAUCAUCUCGUCUGUGUCGGACGUCAAGUUCAGCCACAGCGGGCGCUACCUGCUGACCAGAGACUACCUCACCGCCAAGGUGUGGGACCUCAACAUGGAGAACAAGCCCCUGGAGAUAUACCAGGUGCAUGAUUACCUCCGCAGCAAGCUUUGCUCCCUCUACGAGAACGACUGCAUCUUCGACAAGUUUGAGUGUGCCUGGAACGGCUCAGAUAGUGUGAUCAUGACGGGGGCCUACAACAACUUCUUCCGGAUGUUUGACCGGAACACCAACCGUGACGUGACCCUGGAGGCGUCCAGGGAGAGCAGUAAGCCCCGGGCCGUGCUCAAGCCUCGGCGUGUCUGCCAGGGCGGGAAACGCCGCAAGGAUGACAUCAGCGUGGACAGCCUGGACUUCACCAAGAAGAUCCUGCACACGGCCUGGCACCCCACGGAGAACAUCAUCGCCAUCGCUGCCACCAACAACCUGUACAUCUUCCAGGACAAACUCAACCAGGAGAUGCACGGCUGAGAGAGAGAGAGAGAGAGAGAGCAGGAGGCUGGAGAUAUAUACACACACACACGCUGAUGCACACAUUCAUUCGCAGACAUUCAGUAAGGCAAUCAAGAACAUGUAACAUAUGCACACACACACACACACUCUCUCCAGAUGACAGGGAGAUGCUGUAAAGACACACACUCCACAGUUCUCACACACUGCCCCCCACCCUUCCACGCAAUGAAGUCUACCCCCCUCCCCCCGAAAUACUGGAUGGACCCGCCCGCCCUAGGGCCAGACAGGGGGAGCUGGAUAAUCCAAUGAGAAUGAUGUUAGAUUAUGGUUGAUGUAAUUCUAAAUCAUGGAUGUGUUGACUGUUGACCUCUGGAUUGUGGCUGAUCUGAUGGUGUUUGUUUUGCUAUUGGUCGUUUUUGCAUUCCGAGGGAUUGACCUCUUGACAGGAGGAGCUUUCACAUGCGUCUGUCUUUUUCUGAUCAUCUGCUUCUUCCCCUUCCUCCUCCUCCCUCUGUUUCUGUACAUGUUUGUGCUCAGUCCUCUCCUACAGGCUGGAUUGAUUCUUGACGUUGGUGUAAAAAACCCUUUGUGGUUCCUGGUGGUAAUUAGUGGAAACAGAAUGUUUGCGGAAUGUUUGAAGUCUAAUUAUGUUUUUUUAGUUAAAUCAGCAAUUCCCUUUUUAAAAAUGUUUAUUCUCAUUAAUGAUGAUGAUGGUAAUAUUGAUGACAAUGACAGUUAAUAGUACACAAGAAACAUUAGUCAGUAGGACAUUGGGUUCCACACCUUGUUGACAUUUAGUCCUGACGUUUCUGUUGAUUGUGAAGACUGCUAGGGACCUUGGCUGUGUCGUGUGCUACUUUGAAAUGAAACACAACAAUUAAGCAAAAAAGAUGCUGCAUGAUGGAAUUUUUUUGGGUUUAUAUAAAUUUACUGCCUGCCUUUCUAACCAUAAACAGGCUGUAAAAAGGCUUCUGGAGCUCUGCCUCUACAUAGCACUAGUUCCCAUAGACAACAACAACAAGCUCUCCUUUUGUUUGUGUUUACACGACACAAAAAGCAUGUUUACCAGUGUUCAGUUUUACGGUGUACAUUUGAAAUGAAGCCAAAAUAAUAAAUGGGUUUUAAAUGAAGAUACUGAACCAGAGGUAUGGGGAAUGUUUUAUCAACGUUGUAAUCUAAACCUUUAAAGGAGUGUUUUAUCAACCUUGUAAUCUAAACUUUUAAAGGAAUGUUUUAUCAAAGUUGUAAUCUAAAACUUUAAAGGAAUGUUUUAUCAGGGUUGUAAUCUACAUCUUUAAAGGAAUGUUUUAUCAGCAUUGUAAUCUAAUCCUUUAAAAUAAUGUUUUAUCAGCGUUGUAAUCUAAACCUUUAAAGGAACGUUUUAUCAACAUUGUAAUCCAAACCUUUAAAGGACCUGAAUGGUAUCUGCUGUAUAUUCAACUCUUUUUGACAUUCAUAGGUUUGUUGUUUUGGAUCAAUAACCAAGAGUACAGAGCCGAUCAUCUCUGAUGAUGGUGUUAAUGGCAACGAGAGAGAGAGAUUAUUACGCUCUUCUCUUCAGCCUUUCACCAAAUUAUUUCAUUUUUUGUCACUUGUGUUUGAUUUCAUGUCCUGCUGCCCUGGCAUUGAUUCACAUAUUUUGUGUUCAUGUAUUUUCAACGAAAACAAUUCUAAUGAACAAUUAUAAAUAUGUUAAUAUGUUUUUUUUUAAAAUAAAGAUUUCAACAAAA